UUGGGAUCUCUCGAAGUUGCUGGCUAUUACCCGCUCAUUUCAUCCUGGAAGACAAAAGGCACAGGGCGGAGACACCACGUUGUGAUAUGCCAAGCAUAGUCCGCUCCGCUUCAAGGCCGAGAGGAAAAGUGAGGACCUUAACAUAACGCACUCAGCCUCGAGGUUGGGCCAAUCGAUGCCGUUUGCAUGUCAUGCCGACAGCGGAAUACUCCAUAUGUCUUCAUGGUCUUCAGCUUAACAUCCCACACGGUGUGUCUCCCACUCUUGGCUCUCAUCGACUUUGUCAAGACUGUUCGCAUUCGUGCCUUGGCUUCACAACCAUGACCAAGGUGACGACCGGGUUUACACGGCCAUGUCACGCAAUGAAUGGCGACAUCCGCAGGGAGAAGUGCACCCAGAGUCAAAAACGUGAAAACAGGCACGGGAUGACCGAGGUGGGCACUCAACCACACGGUAAGUUGUCGGAAGAAAUUUCUCGCAAGCAGAAUGCGUACGGGUAUAUUAAAUCAGCGUGAUACUUCAAGAUAUUACGUUUGGGGUUCUUUACACUUCCUCACGCAUCGGACAAUCUGUUCACACCGAGUCCCUCAUAAUGCUUUCAAUUUCGUUCCUCGUACUUGCCGGGGUCUCCUCGGCCAUUGGUCAGGUCACUUAUACAGGAUGCCAUAACCAUUCAACCGUGGAAUACUGUUACGGCCCUGAUGGCGAGGAAACGGCACUUGCCACGUACACUUCGGUGCCCACCAUGACGACAUUCUCGACAUCAACUCUUCCCGCAUCUGUUUCAGCAUCAGCAUCAGCGACGACUUCGUCUGGUCAGACUACGGCUGUCACUGGAUGCCAUACUCAUGAAACCAAUACCUUCUGCAUCAACGGCAUCGGAAAUGAAGUCCAGAUCUCCGGAACGGCGACUGCCACUGGAGCACCACCGGCCCAGUACACUGAUUGUCACUCACACGGAAAUGACCAGUACUGUAUCGGUCCCGGGGGAGAAGAAGUCCAGGUAAUGUCCGAAGGUGCACACUCGGAGAGCGGCCAUGAUGAAGCGGAUGGAGACAAAUCUGAAAUGGACUGCCAUUUUCAUGCCGGUGUUGAACAUUGUGUCCCAAAAGGUGGGUCGGAAAGCAGUAGCAGUUCUGCGUCUUCUGCGUCUUGUGAGCUUCAAGAGCGAGAUUACAACAUUGGGCUGCGAGUGGGAACAUUGUUUGUCGUCUUGGCCACGAGUGCAAUCGGUGUAUUUGCACCGAUCUUCAUGGCCAGACUACCCUUUCAGAAUAUCAACUCCAUUCUGUUCACGACUGUGAAGCAAUUUGGUACUGGGGUUAUUGUUUCGACAGCAUUCGUUCAUCUUUACACACAUGCGUCGCUCAUGUUCAACAAUCAAUGUCUAGGGGCAUUGGACUACGAGGCGACAACUUCGGCGAUUGUCAUGGCAGGCAUCUUCAUCUCGUUUCUCUUCGAAUACCUCGGACAUCGUAUCAUUCUAGCUAGAAAAACUAGAAGAUAUACCGACACAAGUGCGAACGCUACGACCACGAAUUUGCCCACGAAAGAGGAUGACUCCACGCCAACUUCUGCUACCUCAGUUCACGCUGUGAAUUCUGUCACUGGUCCUGAAACUUCACGAAGCCUCGCGAGUCUGGGCCACAGCCAUGGUUCAGCAGUUGUUGAUCCGACCAAUCCAAACUCAAAAUUGUCCGUGUCUAUAAUGGAAGCCGGUAUACUGUUUCACAGUAUUCUGAUCGGUUUGACCCUCGUUGUUGCUGGAGAUUCAUUCUACAAAACCCUGCUGGUUGUCAUCGUAUUUCAUCAAUUCUUCGAAGGCCUGGCCCUAGGUGCGCGGAUCGCCCUGCUGCCCAAAAAAGGAACAGGUUCAUCUUUCUGGCGAACCAAAUUUCCGAUGGCCACGGCCUUUGCUCUGAUCACGCCUCUCGGAAUGGCGAUCGGGCUGGGGGUCAUACACAGUUUCAACGGCAAUGACAGGGAUACCAUUCUCACCAUUGGAACCCUGGAUGCGCUUUCCGCAGGGAUAUUGGUGUGGGUUGGCAUUGUAGACAUGUGGGCCAGGGAUUGGAUCAUUGAAGGUGGAGAGAUGACUGCGAGGAAUUUGGGUUAUGGAAAGAUCGGUCUUGGUCUCUUGAGUCUCGUGGCUGGUUUCAUUGGAAUGAGCGUGCUGGGAAAAUGGGCAUAAUGAUGGGACCACGACGGGGAUUAAAAAAGUCUGGAAUAUGAAUGGUUGGAACUUUUUGGUCGAUUCCACUAAUAGCAACAUUGUCUUGAACACACUGCCUUGAGCCCUGUGUAUUUCGCAGCCUCGUCUUCCACAGCCUUGUCCCACCGGCGCCACCCCGGGGAAUCAAUAAUCUAUGACAUCGUCCUUUUUUUCCCUGCGCGAGGAACAUGAACAUAUGUAAAUGUAUUAUUGUUGACUUU